GUGUAGCGCUCGGUAGCAACAUGGCUCUCAAUGGAGGUGACGAGGACUUUGAGUGGGAGCCUCCGACAGAGGCAGAGAUGAAGGUGAUCCAAGCUCGAAGGGAGAGACAAGACAAAAUCAGCAAGCUGAUGGGAGACUACCUGCUUAAAGGAUACAAGAUGCUGGGAGAGUCCUGUGAUGUGUGCGGGACAAUUCUUCUCCAGGACAAACAACACAAAAACUACUGUGUCUCAUGUCAGGAGCUGGACUCUGAUGUUGACAAGGACAACCCCGCUCUGAAUGCGCAGGCAGCGUUGUCGCAAGUGAGGGAGAGACAGCUUGCAGCCCAGUCCCCUGCACCGUCCCAGGCCCCUGAACUCAAUGCAGGCCCCAGCGGCAGUCAGACAAAUGUGUCAGUUCCUCAGCCCAGACCGGAGCACUGUGAGGGGGCAGCUGCAGGGGGAAGAGCUCUCCUGCCUCCGCCAGCUGUCCCUUCUCCUUCAACUACUACUCCCACCCCAGUCUUGGUACCUACUCGCCCCACAAUUAGUCCACAGAGCGCUGCCCUCCAACCUGUGCUGCUUGAAGCCGAGGAAGCUGUUCUAACCAAACUUCGCUGGGCCACUAACCAGCUACAGAGCUCAGCCUCCCUUGAAUCAAGUAUCCAGCUCUGCAGCCUCAUCACCAGCUGUGCCAACUCACUGCGCAGCCUCAAGGACCUCAGCCAGUGACCAACACGGAAAAGUUUGAAACCCUGGAAUUCCAGGAACGCUGUUUAUACUUGCCUCUGUCCUGGAAUACUGACUCUGGUCUUUGACUGAAUCUUUGCAUAGAGCUGAAUUCACAAAUGGUCAGGAAAUGUACUUGAAAUAGGAUUAAAAUGUCAAGUUAACAUGUUGCUCUUGGAGUAACACAUUGAUAUUGCUGGCAGAAAUAUGUUACAUGCUUUCAUAAGAUGUUUAAGUACAAAUGUUUGAACAUUUGAUAGUUUUUGUCAAUUUGGAAGCUAUUAUAUAAUGAUCAGAACUGAACAUUUCUAAAUGCACAUCCAUCACAGGUGUUAAUUUAAAACAUCUGCAAAUUAAAAAAUAUUAAAAUAUGACUUAAUCAAAUAUUGAUAAUGUUUUUCCAUAUUUGAUUGGCUUUAAUUAAUUUAAAAUGGAUAAAAAAUUAAGAUCUGGACAAAUGACACCAUCCUUUUUUUUCCCCGAUUGGUUGUUCCAUAAAAAAGUGUUGGUUUGCAAAUUGAAAAAAAAAAAAGCUAAAUUUCCAGUGCACAAAUGCCUAUAUAAUUGUGUCUGCACAAGCAAGAUUGUCUGUGCUGACAUACAAUGUAAUACUAAUCUGUAAGUCAUCAAUUAAAAUGUAGUCUCAUAGUAAACGCCAAAUUGUAAAUGGCCAGUCCUCAAAUUAGAGGUGCACUUCUGUAUUUACAGUUCAGUCUGACAUUCAGAUGAAUUUAUCUUGUCUUUGACUCUGUGAUGAUGCAAAGAUUGCGAUUGUGUGUCAGCAGUCCUGAGGUUUUAUUGUAAAUAUAUUUGAUACAUGAUGGUGAUGAUGAUGGUAAUAUGAUUCAGCGUGGGCGGCAUUCAGGAGUCGAACUCAUAAUUCUUUAUUCAUUAAAACCAUCAAGAGCAAAUAAAGCUGUGCACUGUACAUCAAUAGACAGCACUUCAUAUUAGAUAAAAGCCAGCUUCAGUGUUGUUCGAGGCAGUUAGAGUUUUAUGAUUAUUCACCUGAAUAAAGCUUUGCCUGUUCAGGAG